CUUGGUAGUUUACCCGUUUCUGCAGAAUCAUUUAUCAACAUGGCGCUUGCCGAUGUUUGUGGGUUCCAAAUUAAUCAUGGAAAUUCUCAUUUUUGUUUGGAUGCCAAUGACCCAAUGGGAAUGCCAACGUGGAAUGAUGCUAUGACGAUGUCUGAAAAUUUCACUGUACCAUGUGAUAUAGAUUUCCAAAAUGGUAUAUAUAAAGCUUUCACAGAGGAUGACAGCAAAGUAAAGAUCCAGUUCAACCAUGGAACCACAACUUUAGCAUUCAAGUUUAAACAUGGAGUCAUUGUGGCAGUAGAUUCUCGUGCAACAGCAGGGCCAUCAAUAGAAUCCCAGACUGUUAAGAAAGUGAUAGAGAUCAACCCCUACCUGUUGGGGACCAUGGCUGGUGGUGCUGCUGACUGUAUGUUCUGGGAGAGAGUGUUGGCAAGACAAUGCAGGAUCUACGAACUGCGUAACAAAGAGAGAAUAUCUGUUGCUGCAGCCUCCAAACUACUUGCUAACAUUGUUUAUGAUUACAAAGGAAUGGGUCUUUCAAUGGGUACAAUGAUUGUAGGCUGGGACAAAAAGGGCCCAGGACUCUACUAUGUAGACAGUGAUGGUGAGAGGCUGGCAGGGAAUUUGUUCUCUGUUGGCUCUGGCUCUGUGUAUGCCUAUGGUGUACUUGACAGUGGCUACAGCUGGGAUUUGACUGAAAACGAGGCCUAUGAACUUGGACGUAGGUCUAUAUACCAUGCCACUCACAGAGAUGCCUACUCUGGUGGUAUUGUCAGUUUGUAUCACAUGAAGCAGACAGGAUGGGAGAAGAUCUCUAUGACAGAUGUCACUGAGCUACACUACCAGUACCAGGAUGAGAAGGCAAAAGGAAAGAAAUAGUUUUCAUUCACAUUUUGCUAUUGUUUAAUUAUUUUAGUAUACAAUUUUUCAAAACUAACAAUGUUCACAAUAUCAUUGAAUGAAAACCUUGAUUAGACUAAAUUGGGAGGGGGUGGGGUUUGAAUUAUCACAUGGCUAGAUGUCAUCUCAUGUAUUGAUGUUUGUUUUUUAUUGCAUUAAAAAGUACAGAUUUUGA